CGAUAAGGGAAGCACGUGCGUCGCUCUCCCGGUGAUUUCAACUUUACGAACUCGUCGCAUCGUUUUUCUCAACUUGUCUCUUUUUUUAUUUUUGUUUGUGGAUUUGUGUGAAGUGUUUUCUGAACGUGUUUUGAUUUUUUGGGGUUAGUGAAAGGCAAGGGGACAUGGAGACCGUCGUCCAAUAUUUACUCCUAGCUUUGGCUCUGACUUCAGUGCAAAUAUCCUACACUGAAAGCCGUCUAAAUGAAAAACGCAGGGAUAAAACUGAAAGGAGGUACCACGGUACACAAGUAAAAGAUAACAUAUGCGAGAUAACGAACAGAGAAUCUAAAAUCCAUUGCUAUUGUGAGAGUACCGACGUCAAAACAGCAACGAGGGCUGACUGUUGGGUUUUCAACGGAGGUAUUGAUGAAACAGAUCCGAUAUGGUCCACAUUCAACACUCAACCUUACUUGGAAAGGCUCACAUUCAACGUCCGAUCUGACGGAGCACUAAAAUUCAUACCCUUCCAUGUAAUCCAUCGCAUGAAACGACUACAAAAACUAUACAUACACUACGCCACACUAAACAAGAUUGAGAAGAGAACAUUCUCGAACAUAACCACAUUGAAAGAAAUAACUCUCAUGAACAACAAAAUAACCGAAUUGGACUUCUCAUCGUUCACGAAUCUCCCGUCGCUCGUAAACCUAACUAUAAAAGAGAAUAAAGUCACAGAAGUGCAGAGGGAUGUGUUCGUCGAUUUGCCGAGUCUCAAAUAUCUGGAUUUGUCCUUUAACAGUAUCAAUCUGGCGCACGACGGUUGUUUUGAACAUCUGACCGUACUAAACGACCUGAUUCUGGAGGCUAAUUCAAUUACGGUACUGACUAGAGACACAUUCAGGGGCUUAGCUAAUCUGACAAGAUUGGAUCUGCGGUCCAACAAGUUGUCAAUGCUGGGCGAUUUAACUUUCACAGAGCUGUGGAAUCUUAACGAGCUACUUUUGGAUAAUAACGAAUUGAAAUUUCUGUCUGAAAGGGCUUUUGAUGGUCUCGCUCUGUUACAGAAAUUAUCUAUGACAGGGAAUAAAUUGAAGUCUAUUAAUGAAGGGCUAUUAGAAGGUGUGCGCGGUCUUGAAUUAUUGGAUCUGAGGAACAAUGAGCUAGAACAUUUUAGUUACGACACAAUAAAGCCGAUAUUGGAAAAUUUGAAAAUGAAGAAUGCUGUGCUGUAUUUAAGUGGUAAUAAACUAAGUUGUGAUUGCCGUUUGUCGUGGAUACAAGUUUUGAGGAACGAGACAAAGAGUGAACCUCUAAGAAUGGCUUUGGAUAGCGUUACGUGUGCCAUGAGUGGUGAUGAUGCUAAUGGUGAAGAAGUUUCAUCCAACGACGUGAGCACUGCCUUUAAAGACAAUAAACCGGCCAAAUCUGAACAAUUAUACGAGAUAGAAUCCAAUGGAGAUGAACUGCAACAAGAUGCUAACGAUGAAGAAUUCUAUGAAGAUACAAGUACUUUCAAGUUUGAACCAACCGUUCAACCAGUAGUAGCUAAUCAGCUUAACAUUGUCAAUAUCCCUGUGGAAACCUUGCCUUGCCCACGUGAACUAACUAGAAGUGGUGAAGAUUCUCUAAUGCUCUCCUCCAAAGAUGAAAAUUACUGGCAAUCUGGUAAUAGCAUACGGAUCAUUCCAAAAUUAUUAUUAGUAUUUAUAUCAUUAUCAAUAAACUUAUUUAAUAUCUAAAUUAUAAUAUUACCAGUGUGAUGCUUAAUAUUACAUUAGUGCUGGAAUCGACGAAAAAGUUCAGGUAGCCUUGGAAAUAACAAAUGUUUUACAAAGAGAUAUCUCUUUACUGUUUCCAAAGUAGAUCGCGUAAUGGUUAUAGAACCGAUUAUCUUACGUCCUUUAGCGACGAUCUCUCCUUUAAUGGCCUAAUCAGAGACAAGAUUAUCACUGUACAUAUUUUUCCUAUUGUAUAGAAAAUUGGAAAUGAAAAGGCUAAGGUGUUUUGACUUUUGAUCCAUUACAAAUUAAAGGUGAUAACUUGAACUUUACCGCUUAUUUUAGCACUAAUAGCUUAUAAUUUUAUACUUCUUCUAAUUAUGCUUGAUUUUUAGAUAUUAAGAAAAAAGACUGGUUUAGAUAUUUAAUUAAAUUAUUUCUUAGUAAGUGUAAUUGAUGAAUCCAGUGUCGUAUUAUUAUAUCCAGUGCUAAAAAUUCUAUGAUAGAUCAAUACUGUCAAUAACAUGAACCUUUUCAGUAAUUCUGGCCUCGUUCCAGAUUGUCGAAAUCAUAUAAAAAGUAAUGGUUUUCUAAAUGUCCGACUUAGGUGUGAUUUCGACUACGUAGAAACUAUUUUUGUAAUCGAUAAAGUAGGUCCUGUUGCCCCUGACAAAGUUUGAGCCGUGUUAAAAUAUAAAGAAUUCCAUUACACUGAACAAGAAGCAUAAAUUGAACCCAACAGAUUUUCAGAAAUUAUAGUAGAGAUACUUACGUGACUAAAAGUUUUCGAGAUCGGCGGCUCUCUUAAGCUUAGAGCUUUUAGAUACAAACUUUUUGCUAAAGUUUUGAAAGAGACGUAUUCCAAAAGCAAAUAAUGGAAAAUAAAUCAUUUGAGUGCGAAGUUGCGAGUGAAAAUGUAUUGCUUUAUUAUGUUAAGAUUUCUGCUACGACUGAGGCUCGAGUGCGCUAUUUACAGUGAUUUGUCAUUCCGAUACCACUCAACUUGAAACGUGGGCUAGUCAUUGUGAAUACAAUUAUCAAUAUCUUCUGUAAUUUUCUUCUAUAUUUAUCUUAAAGCCAAUUAUUGUGACAUGAAAAUAGUAGAUUAAGUACCUGAUAUUGUACCAUUUUGAGUUAAUUUUAACACAAUUGUAAUAAUAUUAAUAUCAUUAUUUACCUACAUAACGUCAGAAAAGAGUGUUUAUAAGUUCUAAGGAAACGGAAGAUCAGCCAUAUUGAUUCGUUUUCCAUCCCUUGCAAACACAAAUCUUGCGUUGAAAUGUGAAAGAAGCAUUUAUUUAAACAGAUUUAUGCUCAACGCGGAAAUCGAAUGUUCAACAUAUAAUAUGUUUGCAUGUUAGAUUCAUGUCUCGGAAUUUUUAUGACUAAGUUCGCGAGAGAAAUCAAAUAAUGUAUUGUAUAGUAAUCUUAAAUCUUGUAAAUAUUUUGUAUUUAAGGAUUUGUAUAUGGUAACUAUAGAUGAGAAUGAUAUUAAUUAAAUUUUUGAGAUCAUGA